UUCAUGAAACCCUUGGACCCAGGACUACCUUUAUUUAUUUAAAUAACACCUUUUUAUACAAUAAACAAAUUACUUUAAAAACUUCUUCAAGUAGAACUUUAUUAAUGUCAUCUGUUACUCAAAAGCCAUGAUGCCAAAUUUUCAAAACACAAUGCUCUUAGUAGUCGGCCAUCUUGUUCAGGCAGGUGGAGUUGUGAGUUCGUUCCGAUCAAGUUCGUUGGUGCUGCACGGUCACUCGCCUAGAGCGAAGGGCACAAGUAUAUAAAACUGAACUAACUUUGCAAUAAUAAACAUUUUUUUAGUGUUGUAUGUGAUUAUAAAAGUAUUUUUGGUAAAUGUAAUAUUGUGACGUAUGUUUAAUUUAAAAAGUAAACUGCAGAAAUGCAAGGUUCAGAGCCUGAAAAAAAAUCUAAGUCUCGAAGCGAUGAGGAUUCCAUAAAUUUCCGGCCAUCGCCCAACUUCAAGCACAUGCGAAAAUAUUUAAAAUCGAAGUUUGAAGAAGCAAAAGAAAUGGCUAAUCCAAGUGCUUCUAACGGCACGCCGGAUUCAACCGUAAGACACGAUCAACGAGAGGAAGUAAACAAAUCCACUGCUCCAGUGGUGCAACCACCGUUGCCGCCAAACCCCCCGCCGCCAGAAAGUCCUCCAAUAAUCAAUUUAAAAAAGGAAAUUGAAGAUGACGAAUAUGGCACAACUGAGAGCAACGGAGAAUUUAAUCAUGCAGAAAGUCUUUUAGCAGAAUCGAUUAAAACAGAUCAAUCGGAAGUAGCUGAUAAGCCAGAAGUUACAAUGUGUAGGAACUUUGCGCGGGGCACUUGUAAAAAAGGCACGGCAUGCAAAUUUGCUCAUGAGCUGAUUCUGUCACAGUUACCAGGAGUUUAUACAUUUUGCAGAAAUUUCCAGAAUUCGGUAUGCACUUAUCCUAAAUGCAAAUUUGUACAUGCUACAGUAUUUGAGAAAGAGCAUUUUUUUAGAACUGGAUAUUUGCCACCUCACACAUUAGCCCACCUCAAGGAAACCAAUGUUUUGCAACCACCACCACCGCCGCCCCCGCCAGAAGAAACAGCCACUGAUGUUUCUCAAGUAUUCGCAAAUGGUCCACCUCCGCAAACGAUGCCAUGCAUUACUCCUGGACCCGUGUUGACGUGUGCCCCAGCCCCAUCAUUAGAAAUUACGGGUGACACGAAUAUUUUCAGAACCGGAGUUACAUCAUCCAGCUCCCCUAAACGCGAGUGGAGCGAUAGCGAUGACUUCAGCAGCUCUCCGCGCGACAUCGACUCGAGUGAGCCUCUCGCAAAGAAAUGCAAAAGUUGCGAUAAUAAUGAGUUCAGAUAUCAGUACAACAAGUUCAAGGUGGAGAAGAUGAUGCGCUCCACAGAAGACAUGAACAACAAAAUUGCAGCUCUUAAUAAAAAGAGUAGCCGGUUGUACACUGUGCUCGUAACUCUGUUCAAACCUACUCCUUCCGGCAAUAAUGGUUUAAAUAUCAAUCCAGAAAAGGAGGAUAAGAUGCUGGUUGAGAAUAUAAAUAGGAUAAUAGCAGGAAACAUAAGGAUCCCUCAUAAUGGAGAAGAAACUAACUUGUUUCAGAGCAUGCUCGCCAAUCCCGCCAACGUGACUGCUAUUCUGGCAAAGAUUCUCCUGAGCAAUGGCAACCCUUCCGUACCACCGGACUCUUCGUGAUGUAUGUAGAAGUGCGUGUGCUCAGUGCGCUACAAGGAGCUUGCACUAAGUAGGCGAUACUUCUAUAAUAUGUCCUCCGUUUUCAGUUCAGAGUUGAUAAAUAUUAAUGACGUCACUAUUUUAGCCUACCUCAAAUAUAAUUAUGAAAAUGUAUAAAAUUAAUUAGCCCAGGAAAUGGUAGACUAAUCAUUCUAUCUGCUUAUGAAAAAUAUCCAUUCAAUUCAAUAUGUACCUAGUUCCACAUGAGUUAUUAUUUAAAUUUUAUUAAGUAAUGGAUAUUUUUCUUGAUAGAAAAGUCUACUAUUCCUGGGCUAUAAAUGUUUCCGUGUAUUAGUUUGUGCUGUCUUUGUUCCUCUUAAGUCAUUAAUAAUAUCAAGCAAUAAGUGAGUUACUAAACAAAUAUGAUCUAUGCUAAUGUAUUGUUUAAUGAUUAUAUAAGGAGAUAAUUUAAGGCACAUAUUAAUAAGUUUCAGUAGUCAUGAGCAUAAACAUAUUUUUACUAAACUCAGUUUCUUUAGGUAUUGAAGGUUAACAAAUAUAUAUAUUUUAUACAAACACAUAUUAAAUAAAUAAACGAUGGAUAUGGUCCCCUUCUAUAUGGUUUAGUAAUCUUUAUUUUUGUUUCACAUUGGUUUUUAAACAAAAGUCACACCAAGGUUAAAGCCUUAAGUAACUAAGUAAAACUGCAUUUUUAUUCGUCCAAAGGACCAGUUGGCUAUCUGUCUGCUCAAAUAUAGCACAAAUAGCUGAUGGUUCAUUAGCAUCUCAUAGUAAUAACUAUGCAAUACAAAAAAACAAUGUUUUAGAGCUUCACAUCUUUUUGCUUUGGAAGGUUUUCACUGUAAUAUGAUGCGUCUGAAACAUUAUAUUAUGUCUAUUUUAGUUCGAACAGGUAACAAAAUCGAUGCCGAUGUGCCCAUAGUAGUAUAUUUAUGCUCGUGACUGUACAUGGCAAGAAUCAGCCAAUCAAAAUAUUUUUAUACGAAAGGAUUAUUAAAAUAAUAGCAUUAUUAGUCUUCGAGAUGUUUUAAAUAUUCACAAUUUUCAUGGCAAUAUUAUUAUGUUGUACAUUAACAUAUAUAUUCGCUCGUCGUAGUGUCAAAAUUGAUGUUGUUGUGCCUUAAACCUGGUUUGCAUCGCUAACGAAGAAAUCGAGUAUGUAAAACGUUUCGAAGACUUAUUACAGAUUUCUAUAUUUUAUAGUUGUGUUAUUGGCAGUAAACAAAUAUAAUUUAUGGACAAUAGAGACUUUGAUAUAUUAAAGUUUACUGCCUUCCAUACAAUGAGAGAUUAUUGUAAGUGUUACAACGACAUCAACCUGUGUGAUUUAUGACGAUUGAUAUACAUUCAGCGAUGCCAAUGUCCGUUGUCUGUUUUACGCUUAUUUAUAAGUAAUAGCAAGGCUGAUCACCGCCUGCGUGUAUAACAAUGUUUUCAGCACUAAACACAAUAUAGAUUUAAUAGAAAGCUAGAUUAAUCUGUUUUAGAAGAGUAAUUGUAUGAAUAUAAGGAAAAUAGUCCAAAGACAUUAUUGUAUAUUUAUCAACUCUGGCUAGAAUAGUUUUAGUAAUGACCAAAAAUUGUCAUGACGGAAUGCGAUUAUUACUUAUUGAUUACUACAAACGUUUUGGUGUUAUGGUUUUCCUGGUUCCAAAAAAAUCAAUUGGUUUGAUACAGUCCAUAAUCAUUGACAUAAGUAUUUUUAUAUGAUAGUUUUUUUUAAACUAGUAUGUAAACUGACUUUACCAUGAACUUUUUACGUUUUACGUGAAGUACGUCAACGUAAUUCUGUUUUAUUUUAUAAGGACAUAUGAGGACUUGAUUUGAACGGUUAAAGAGUGUAUCCCGAGAUCUAAUGAAUUUUAUUACAUGUGUUCGCGUUAAAUCUGAAAUGUGUUUUAAAGGAUUGCGACAUAAUUCAACAAUAUGCCAUAGAUUAGCUUAUUUUAUAUUGCGGUUUUAAGAUACUGACAUUCUAAAGUGAUCUAUUAUUCGUCGGGAUUCUGAGAGUAUGGCGGUAUACGGUGGACAUGCAACUUCUAAUGCUAAGAAUGAAAUGAAAAUGUAUAAAAUAUGUUAAGCGUUUGAAAUAUAGUUUAAAAUUUUCAGAUAAAUAGA